CCGGCUCGCUCAGUCCGUCCGCGCGCGCCGACCGCUCCGCACGCGUUGUCACUGUGAUUAAUAUCGAGUUAUAUUCAUAACUACGCUUAUAAAGUAUUUUGUGUGACUUUUUAACUGUGACUUGUGAUAGUGAGGUGUUAAAACUUGGACUAAGGAUCUAGAGCUGAGAUCAUGAGUUCCGAGGGUUGACGUCAUCAAAAAGGAGCAACCAUGAGUGGCUACGGGACGAGUAAUUGAACCUGCCCACAGCAAAAUGAAAUAAUCAUGGAGUCACCAGUAAGAAUAUGUUUCGGUGCGGCAUUAGUAGUAAACCUACUACUCUUGAGCAGCACAAUCGUUUGCAACGCUUUACCUCACGACACGAACUCGACCUCGCUUAAAGACGACAGCAGUACCAGAUACGCCAGAGUAAACGCCACCAACUGGGUGCAAAGGCACAAUGCCAAGACACCAGACACUUCUCUCAACGAGCUUAAUCCUAAAGACGCAGUUUCUGAAGAGCACACGGAGAAAAACGCAAAGUACAAGGACAGGGGAAGGGUCAGAUUCAACACCCAAAGCAAAUCCAGCACUGCAAGCCCUCCCCGAAAAGUAAGAAGUUCCACUGAAGCCUCAAAAGUAUCUCUAAUUAUAGUCACACCCACGCCAGAGGUGAAAAAGCCAGCGCAAAUCAUCGACAGCAUGAGAACGUAUAAGAAAACUAAACUGCCAGUAAUAGUUUCGAGUUCGACAACUCCUAUGUCUGUCAAAACAGAAAAAGCUAAAGUAGAAAAUUCGGAAGAAGAAUAUGAAGACGAAGAGGAAGAAGAAGAGGAGGAAGAUAAUAAAUCCAGCGAGAAGUUCACGUCUGGAAAAUUUUUUGAUAGUAACUUUUUUACAAUCCCUAGUUAUAAUGACGAUUUCAGCUCUUUUACCGGGCGAGGAAGCUCGGAGAAGAAAGAUAAAAAGAAAGAUUUUAGUGCUGAAUCGUUCAGUGGAUUCUCUACCUCUUUCCCAAAAGGCACAUCUUAUGGCCCAAAAGAUCACGAAGCAUACAAAUCAGAGAGCUUCUUCGACUUCGAUAGUGAUUUGACUACGCCAAAGAACGAUUUCUUCGACAAAAAGUUUAAAGAGAUAUCCAAAAGCAUUGAAAGCAAUUUGGCAUCUGUUGCCACUAAAAUACCCCCACCUAAUGUGACAAACGUGCACAAAGUUGUAAAAGAAAAUAUAGGUCUAGAAAGUUUAGGGAAUAACACGCCCGGUAACAAAUCAACAGUAAUUAUUAAGAAUACCAAAGAAAUUCGACUAUUAGAUAAUGAAGAAGCGGGAAGUGCAAAUAAAGCGCUAUCUGAUGUGCACGGUACAAGUAUUUAUUACGAGAUGUCUGUUUUGUCCACCGAAACAUACGCUAUAAAUCACUUGAACGAUGAUGACUGCGAUAACGACACGUUGCUAUCUGGUCCUACCGUUAGUACUUCAGCUGAAGAAGAACUGGCGUCAAUAAAAGCCACUCAAGCAACUCUGAUACCAGCUCCUACAAAACCAGCGUUCCCAGAUCCUAAUACUGAAGGGUUUUCCACACAAUCAUCAAAUUACUUCCCUCUUUCUAGUCUUAUCCCAACUGUUUUUAUUAACUCUCCCAGUCCUAUCCCAAUGUCAACACAAAACAGUAUAUCGCCAACUGAAAAGACUAUAAAAGUAUAUUCAAGCAGCUUUAGCAGGAAUCGAAGUUACUCUAAGCGUCUUAACCUAAGCGGUUCUAAAGAUUCUCCCAAUAGUGUGACGCAGAGACCUGAGCAAUCAACAGUAAAUCAAAACAAUAGGCAACCGCCGCGUAGAUUCCAUCACACAACUCCUAAAACAAAGCCAAUAUGGAUGGCACCGAGACGCAACGUCACAAAUAGAUAUAGUCGACCGACCAAUCCAACUACAAUUUAUUCAGAACAUUUCAGUAUCAAAGAUAGGUUCUCUACUGUCCGUCCGUCUCUACCUAAUGCUGUAAAUAAAACCACCCUGACCACAGUUUCUUCAGAAAUAGACCCCGUCUUGCAAAGUGACAUAGGCGGGAUCAAGAAGAUUGUCCAUUCACCGUCGAUAUCUGACAACAGUAUUCCAUCGCUAUGGAAAAGAGGGUCGACGAAGUACACCACGGCAUCUGGAACUACUUCGUCAGAUGAGACGGGAAUAAGCGAGUUGGAGAUACCACCGACAUUGACUGCGUGGGCGCUGGCCAGUUUGCGGAGUCCACCGUCGAUGGCCAGUGCAGUUGUUAACGCAACGAUACCGACGCAGAAGAGCGUUGAUGAAAACGAGCUGCAGAAAGUUGGGGAGAUUUUAGAAAAGAAAGAAGUAACCACGGCCCCCACAACUUCGGCUAGUACCAACACUAUGAAUAAUGACAUCGUGUCCAAGAAAAUAACUGAAAUUGAUCAAAACAGGCUACCAUGGCGACCGAUGUAUGCCACGACAUCUUCAAAGGCUGAAACAGUUGACUCUAAACCUACAGAGGCAGCCAAAUAUGAGAAACUGCCUGCUGAAAGUAACAUUUCUGAGCAAAGCAGUAACGGCUCAAUUAAAACUACGGAAAAAUCUAAUGAAAUAUCUGACUCAUCUGAUAAAACUACUAAACUUAAGCCUACUUGGAUACCUGCUACUGAGUCAGUGAAAACUACGGAACAAACGCAGGAAGCUUCUGAAGAAACAAUUCCUCCAGUUGAUGCUAACAAGUCAACCGGUUUCGAAUCGAUCACAAAACUUCCAGCGGGUAUAACUACGCCCCAUGAUGAGAACAUCGUCAGUUCUGAAGAAAAAAGUGAGACCAAAACUACUGAACAGAUAUCUAACUUACCUACUACUACUGACUAUGAAAUAACUACAAUCAGAUUCUCGUACGUACCUACUGAGCCGGUUACUGAAAGUGAAGAAAAUGAACCAACAGAAACAACAACUGAAUAUUCCUGGCAUCCUGUAGUUCCUACUAGAACCAUGAUGACAACAAUGGAGGACACACCUGUCACUACUUACCGACCUAAAUACAUCACAACUACAGAAGAACUUGAAGAGAUGACUACUACGGAUCCGGAAACACCAGCGCCUAUGGAAAUCUCGUCUCAAAUAUCUGAAAACAUUACUACGAAAAUACCAGAAACUACAGAGACAGAGACAAUUGCAACUACAACUGAAGAACAAACAACUCCAGUUUUAUCAACUACUACCACAACUACAACUACCACUACGACUACAGAGGCGACAAGUACAGAGACAGCCAGUCCUACGACUGAGGCUAAGGAAGAAACUACUAUGAUUGUAACUGAAAUUGUGACAGAAAUAGUUACUGAGAUCAACACUGAAAGACAAAAACCAACAACAGAACAAGGUACCCCAACAGCUAUAGAAACUUCUUCGGAAGAAUCAGAUUGCACGUCAGAAGAGAACAGCGAUAGCAAUGAAGUUAUAACUCAAGAUUCCAAAACUUCAACUCAAGAGGCUGUGACUCACCAAGAAACGACUAUGAAAACUGUUACUGAAAUUGUAACAUCUAUAAGUGCAGAGACUACCACUGAAAAUGAGCAAAACGCUAGAGUAUCAGAAGUGACCACUAGUGAUGAUGAAAACAUAGUUGAUUCUACGACUGAGUUUGGAACUAAGUCUGUGAAUAGUUUGGAAGAUCUUGGAAGUUUCGGUGAUAUGACUACGGAGGCGAUCCCACAGGUGUCGGGAGAUGAUGAGAAUGGAUCUGGAGCUGCCAUAGCCAUUGCAGUCAGCACGAUUGGAGUCAUAGCACUGAUAUUGCUCAUUGGAUUAUUGUAUUGCCCAUUCCAGUUGGUAGUCCGGCGGCGCGGGCGUCGAGGCGUGUAUGCGCAGCGCUGCACACCAGUGUCACUGGAUGCCUACAGCCUGGACAGCGUCAGCGUCGGCCAUCGUAAGGGCAACCACCGGCUGCGGGCCAGCAAGAGGAGCUAUGGGAACCCGGCCUAUGAUGACGAGGUGACAUCCCACCCCAUGCAAUACGCGGCGCUGGCUAACUUCGCGAUGGAUAUCGACUCCAUGACGGCGGAGUUCGCGGAGAUCCCCUCGGUGACGGUCAGGCCUGAUGAGGUGCCUCCAGGGUGUGAGGACAAGAACCGGUACUCCAAUGUCCUGCCGCUGCCCGAGACCAGGGUCCCGCUGAAGAGGAUCGGGAACGAUCCUACCACGGAGUAUAUUAAUGCGAACUUUGUUACUGGCCCCGGCAACAUUCGCAACUACUACAUCGCGUGCCAGGCGCCUCUCCCAAACACUGUAAUAGACUUCUGGCGGAUGAUCUGGGAGCAGAACUCGCGACUCGUAGUCAUGCUGACUGAGUACAUGGAGAAUGGGGUGGAAAAAUGCUACGAGUACCUCCCACCGUCCGAGAUAUCAGACAACAAGCGGACCUUUGGAGACUUCCAGAUCAUACUCAAGAAGAGAGAACAACGGGACAAGUACGCUGUCUCCAGCGUACAGCUCAUCAACCUAUCCACAAGGACCUGGAGGGAGGUCACUCACCUCUGGUACUUCUGGCCGGCCAAAGGAGUACCAGAUGACUAUGACUCGGUCAUAGACUUCUUGUCCGAGAUGAGGAGCUAUAUGAAGAUCUCGCAGACUGCCAAAGAAUACGAUGAAGAAGGAGUAGAAGUAAUAUACGGCGACCAGAACCGCUCGUCGUUCAACAACCUGUCGAAGCUGCGCAGCGACGACGCCGCGGGCAAUGGCGUCAAUGUGUACUCGCCCGCGCGUGCCGAGGAGAUGAUGCGUCGGAGCAACGCCAAUAAUGGCACGCUGGGACGGAUGAAGGCUGCUUCCGAGAUUGAAGGCGUCCGGCCGUGCGUGGUGGUUUGCGCGUCGGGCGCGGGCCGCUCUGCGUGCGUGAUCGCAGCAGACGUGUGUGCGCGCGCGCUGUGCGCAGCCGCCGCCGACGUGCCGCGCGUCGUGCGCGAGUUGCGCGCGCAGAGACCGCACUCGCUGUCUAACAGGCACCACUACAUAUUCUUAUACAAGUUGCUGAGUGAAUACGGCAAUAAGCUAAUGGGAGGAGGUGUGGAUACUAUCUGAGUAUGUACGAGUAUACUCACUAUUUAAGAUUACUUGUGUAGCCCCUUUCUAGGAUUUGAGUAAAUCUUACGCCUAUUAUAAAGCUUUGUUAUUGGAAUUUUAAGUAUAAUGUCAAUAAAAAUCGCAUUUUGUAUGCAUGUAAAUUUUGUUAUUCACUUAUUGACAAAUUAUGUUAAAGUAUUAUAGAAAACUAUUUGGAAUAUACCAAAGCAUAAUAUUUACGAGAUCUCUCAUUUUGUUCGCUCAAAAAUCUAUUUUAUUUUUAUACUCUUUGGAUUCGCUUAUUUUAUUAUGGUUAUUAUAAAUGAAUGUUAUAUUUUUGAUGUUUUACGUUUUGUUCAGCGAGUUUCAUAAAAUUUAGUUGUAAGGAUUUAUUGUAAAGUUGAUAUUUAUAAGAGGGUAGUUGUAUAUACGUACUGUUUCUUAUAUUACGAACAAUUCGUUGUUUUUAUAAGUAUUCUUCACUAGUCUACUUUAAGCUCCACUUUUAUUCACGAUGUUGACAUGAAAAGUGACUAUUAUUCGUAUUACUUAUUUUUUCUAUUGUUUUCUGUAUAUGUAUUUUCAUUCCAGCUAAAAAAGAAAAAUAAUCUUCUUUGGUUCUUGAUAUCACAUUUUUUUUAAAACGAAGCAUAAUUUGUGUUGUCACAAAAUAUAAAAAUAAGUGAAUUUCCUAUAGUAAGUCAUAGUUUUGAGAUCUACUGUGAUUUCUACUAACCUAUUCUAAGUUAUUGUAAAUUAAUACUAACAUAAUGCUAGAAGUAUCUAGGCUAAAUAUUAUAUUUCUUAUUCCUUAUGUUAUAAGGAGACUAUUGAAAUUAAUACUCUAUUAUCAAUAAAAAAAUAUAUAUCCUGCACACUUUGUUACAUUCCACAGAAACUUAAUUUAUUUUGACAUUAUCAUUUACAAUUUAAUUUGUUGUUGAAAUUGUUGUUAAUUUUAGUAAGUACAUUUUUAUUUUAUCAUCAAGGCAGCUAUUAAAUACAGGUUUUUAUAAAAAUAAAAAGCAUUUAAUACAUCAUUAGGAUAAAAAGCACUGUUUGUCCCACACGUUUUAGUUCUAAGAAUUUAAGAAACAUGACCUAGUAUAAGUGUAUUAUAAAAAUAAAAAUAUAUGUUAAUGACCAAAAAUAAAUAUUAUGUAUGUAGAUGUAGCGGAUUCAUAAUUAUUAGUGCUGUAUUUGAGUAUAAUAAAUUUAUUACAAAAGGGUG